ACCAUCAUCAUCAGUUCUGAAAAAGAACCAAAUUUAAGUAAAACAUUGCUUAUAAAAACAUUAAAAAUGUUCAAAAAAUUUGAUGAAAAAGAGAGCAUCUCAGGUGUGCAACAACUAAAGUCGUCCGUACAAAAAGGAAUUAGGAAUAAAUUACUUGAACAAUACGCUCACAUAGGGGAACACAUUGAUCUGAUUGUGCCGAAGAAGGAUGCAUUUAGAAUCGUAAAAUGUCACGAUCACAUUGAAUUGCUCAUCAAUGGCGUCGGCGAACAGCUAUUUUUCCGUCACUACGAAGGCCCUUGGAUGCCAACGCUGAGGUUAUUUCACAAAUUUCCCUUUUUCCUGCCGACGUUGCAGGUCGACAAAGGUGCCAUUCGCUUCGUGCUGAGCGGCGCAAACAUCAUGUGUCCCGGACUGACGUCGCCAGGCGCGAUAAUUCCGGCGCCCUUGGAAAAAGGAACGAUAGUGGCAAUCAUGGCAGAAGGAAAGGAGACUGCGUUAUCGAUAGGUAUCACGACGUUAUCCACAGAUGACAUCAAAAAAAUCAAUAAAGGAAUCGGAGUGGAAAACUGUCAUUACUUGAACGACGGCUUGUGGCAAAUGAAACCCGUAAAAUAGGCAAUUUAUUGAAAUUUUUCGCAUAAAAACCCAACUGGAUCGUGGAUCAAUGUUUAAACAACAGACCUCAAACAUGUUUUAUACUGUGAAAUAUUGAUGAGCAAAAUAAAUUUUAAACAAAAAAAAAAAUUUUUUGUGAAAUC